UUAGCCGUGCUCAUUUGCACAUUCCAGCUGGCAGCGCGUGACAUCGCACACCCCCACCCGGCGUCUCUGAGCCCGCUCGACUGAAGGGAAGCAGGGGGCUGGUCCUCUUUUUCACUGACCUUGCGCGUCGCCGCCGCUGGGAAUUCAGCACAUUGCCUUGAGGUAUAAAAGAGUUGGAGGUUUCCUUUCCACAGACCUUACUGCACUAACAGCGUCGAAGUGUUCCUGGCUUUGCAAAUAAGUGGUUCCUGAUUGGGAAUGUUCCUCCUGCAAAUUCUCCUCCAGUCUUGGGCUCUCUAUCACUGGGCAUAUGGUGUAGAAACUCAUGCCUUCAUCACAUCAUUGAUUGCCAACUUUUCAAAAGAAGACUCUGUAGAAUUUGUAGGCAAUGCCACCCUAGAUAGGAUACUGACCCAUAGCUUGGAGGGCCGCAAUAAACAAUUCAAUGCGAGCCAGCUGUUUCCAUUGGAGCUACCACAUCUCUGGAAACAGAGGGAAAGCAACCUGCAAGACUACCUGCAGAGCCUCCAGGCACUGGUGAUGCUGUUCUCUAAGGAAAGGAACAUACCCUAUCCGCUAUCCAUAUAUUGCACAAAUGGGUGCCAAGUCUCUGAAAAUGGCACCAGAAGCUUCUUCAAGAUUUUGCUCAAUGGGACUGAUUUCCUGAAAUUUCACACAAAUAGUAAUAGCUGGGAAGAUUUAGCUAACACUUCUUUGGCCAACUUUACCAGUAAUAAGCUGAAUCAAUUCUCAGAGACAACCACCAAUCUACAGUUCUUCCUACAAGAAACAUGUGUCAACUUUGUAAGGACACAUGCUACCAACAACAGAGCUAUGACUGGGAAACAUAAAGGACAUCCGCACACUCCACUGGUGAUAGGCAUCAGUAUCGGUGCCCUUGCUCUAAUGGGAUUAGCUGUUUGCCUGUUCUUGUGCACAGGUGGGAAGAGAUAGCACAAGCACUGAUAGAGAAAUGAACCAUCAGCUUUCUAGUGAGCUCAAUGGAGCCCACUGGAAGAAAAAGAUGCAGCUGACUCGUACAUGUGUGGGGAAUAGACCAGAGUUUAUACAACCAGCUUGUACUAUUCACCUCUGACCACCUGGAAGGCAAGUUCUAAGCAGAUCAACGUUAUGAGAAAUACAGAAACACAUACUGAACAAAUGGUCAUCUUCUCUCCUUUAAAGACAGCCCAGAAACUUCAGCUGGUGUAAUAGGUGGUUUGGGACUAGGAGGCCCAGACUCAAGUUCCCACCUAACCACAGAGCUCAUUCAGUCACUCUAAGCCAGUCACUUUCAACCCAACUCAAUCCAAUAUGGCAGUUUUUAUAUAGCAUUGCAUUUUAUCGUGCUGUGUCAGUAUAUAUCUGUUUAUUUUCAUUAUGUUUUAUUUCAUAAUGUUCUAUGGGCAUUGUUUUAAAUUGCACUGUAGUAUACCCCCAUUUUUUGGAGAUAUUUAACAAUCAGAUUUGCCUUUUCUUCUAUUCCCUUAUCAGUAGGGGAAAUACAGUAUAAAAAAACUAGAAUGUCUGAAUUUCUUGUUUCUUUCUACAAUCUUUUUUGAAGUACCCUGAUAGAAUUACAGUUGUAUGAAGAAUUUUAGGCACCCCUAGUCAAAUCAAGUUGUAGAGUUUUGGCAAAGGAAAUAUACUGAUGGCAACAUAAUACACUUCAGUGAAUUUUGGGUGGCUCUUCCUAUACUUCCAAUACAUGCCUCCCCUUUCAAUCCUGUAGUUCGACAGUCCACAAUUUAUGAUGAUAAAUCCAGUUAUGUGAGGAAUCAUAUAAGCAUGUGGAACUUUUAGCGCAUUCAGAAUUAGCAGAUGUAUAUUUUAAAUUAAAUUGGGUCAAGCUAGAAAUAAUGUUUCUCUCAAGUUUUUACAGAAUCACUUCAGAAUUUUACUAGAAAUUAGGAUCCCACUAUUUUCUGGACAUUUAGGACAACAGUGCUUACCAAGAAAACAUUAGAUAAUAAUUCCAUGCAUUUUAUCCUUGUAACACUGGGCAGAAGGCCAACAGUUGUGAAACAGCUCCCUGUUCAUCAUUUCUAAGUGCUCUAAAGAUCCUCCAAAAAGUGCUCAAUUAUUUAAGGGUUCUACUCUUAAUCACGUUCAGCAGAAUGUAGACUUGGGGCUUUCAGUUAUGAGAUGGCAACAGUUGUAAAAAAAAAAAAAAAUUUUGAACCUCCUUUAUUUCUCCUUAAGUUUUCUUCCAUUUGUAGAACCUAGAAUAUACUUCCUAAACAGAAGGAAGGAUGACAGAACUGGCUGGAUAUUUUUAAUAAAGUUAUUCCAACUUAUGCACAGUUUGUGGGUAUUUAUUUCAAUGCUGGCCUUUCUCUACUUCUCUCUUCACAUAGUGGCUUCUUCCAUCAGCAUUACUAUACAUUGCUGCUGGUAAAUAUCAAUGAGCUGAUAUUUCAGAUUGAAGAAAGCAAUUUCAUUUUCAACUGAGAACAUAAACGUUAUUUUACUCCUAGGUCAUUCUUGAGAAAAAGAGGCUGAUCUAGGGUCAGAAAUUGCAGCCAACUUUUCACUAAACAAAUAUGAUAUUGCAAAACACACAAAAUUCCAUUUGAGAUAGUUAUGGGUAUGCACAUUAGCCAAGAGACUGGGAAAAAUAGAAACUAUGUGCCUUUCUAACCAUACCUGGUGUAUAUGAAACAAUGGUCCUAUAGCCUUGUUGAGCAGUUGCAGGGUAUUUGUAAUCUGUACUGAAAAUAUGCCAAUAUUUUCAGAAAUAAGUACCAUACAUUGUACAAAAUGGGAAAUUUGAAAAUAUCUGGGAAACCCCAAAUACUCAGAUUUCAUACUUUGCACUUCUGCAAACACGUUACUUAAAUCAUGAAUUGGCCCCAAGGUUCUCACAAAAUUAUAAUCCAGUAUCCUUAUUUAUCUAGUUACAUAAAAUGCUAUAACUGAAUUUUCUUGAAUUGCAAAUUAGGAGAAAAUAUCUAUAUACAGCUCUGUUCAAAAAACAGCAGCUACUACCUAAAAGUGAACAAAGGCAA